AUGUCCGAGUCUGGCAAGUCUGAGAAGUAUAUGGAUCUGACUAGGUUCAGCACUCCGGUGCCUGAACUGGAUGAUCAUCGUUUUCAUUUAGAAAACCAGCCACGCAUUGAAGCGACUCCCGACAUGGCCCUGAGCCGUCAAAACACUGCCCCGCAAGGAAUAACCGAGAUAACCCAACGACCGGACCUUCUGCAAGCUCAAGAUGCCUAUCGAGAUACAGGCCCGUUUUCGCGGGACUUUGAGCAGGCAAUAAUGGAUGAUGAUCGAUCUGCGAAUGAUUUGAAUGCUAUUGGGCGCCGCUUUUCUGUCGAUCCCGCCGGAAAUGCUCGCCAUGUUCGGACGUACAGUCGCACACAUCAAGACAUUGGAAACAGGUCGCGAAAGAGUUCAGUUUCGGCCAGGUCGUCCUCGCCUCCCAAUUCGGUUGAUGCAUUCGCAGACCCCCGUCGCCGAGAGCGCGCAAACACCCUAGAAAGCCACGGAGCCCCAGAUCUGGAGGCCAUUCUCCAGCGUACAGUCUCUGGUGGUACCAGACGACCAACUUUUAGCAAUGCUAGCGUUAUUCGACCCCAGCCAGGUGACAUACAGCUGGAUGUUACGGAAGAUACAUGUGUGCCUCCAUUUGAAGAGCCCGGAAGGAUUCCUGUUAUUGACUACGAAGAAUUGGAGGAAUUCGUAGCCUUGAAUCAGAAGUCGAAGCCUUCAAUCAGCCGACGGAAACAUAGCUUGAGCUCACAAGGGAGAUAUUCGCGGGUGUUUGAAGACCUUCGCCCAGCCGCCGGAACUGCGAGUGAAGCUGAUGAGAAACGCUCCUCCAGUGGGGAACUAUCUCUUGAGGACUCGAUGCCACCCAAAUUCAAUGAAAAGAUUUUUGAUAACGCAAACGAGAAGGGUCUGCUAGACAAAUUGAAGAAUGCAAAUGAGCCGACUCGCUUUGGCUUCUUCUCUUCGGAGUCGCAGAGCACCGUACACGCGGCGGAACUGGGGGACCUGGUCCUUCCGGGGGACACUUUCAGAGAUCUCUUUCAACUUGGACCAGACGGUGGUGUUUGGUGGCUCGAUGUUUUGAACCCAACUGAGGCUGAAGUGAGCGCGCUUUCAAGGGCGUUCUCCAUUCACCCUUUGACGACCGAAGAUAUUCUAACACAGGAAUCGCGUGAAAAAGUCGAGCUUUUCAAACAGUACUAUUUUGUCUGUUUCCGGACAUUCUACCAACUUGAGAAGGACAGUGAACGAUUCAUGGAGCCAGUGAAUUUCUAUAUGGUCGUGUUCCGCGACGGCGUUCUAUCUUUCUCAUUUACGGAGAAUCCCCACGCUGCCAAUGUCCGAAGGAGAAUUGGAAAGCUCCGUGACUACGUGUCGCUCAGCAGCGAUUGGAUCUGUUAUGCCAUGAUCUUUGGCCCCGCGAUUCGGGAAAUCGAAGUUGAAACCGAAGCAAUUGAAGACCUUGUAUUUAUUGCGCGCAUGGAUGACUUUGAGUCAUUCUUACCCCGCAUUGGCAAUUUACGGAAGAAAGUCAUGAGCCUGAUGCGGCUCCUGGGUGGUAAAGCUGAUGUUAUUCGCGGGUUCUCGAAGCGUUGCAACGAGCAAUAUUCAGUAACACCUCGCGGUGAUAUUGGGCUUUACUUGGGUGACAUUCAAGAUCACGUUGUGACCAUGAUGUCCAAUCUGGCCCAUUUUGAGAAGAUGCUCAGUCGAUCUCAUACUAAUUAUUUAGCUCAGUUGAACGUGACAAACCUGGUCCUGGGGAACCAUGCCAACAAAGUCCUGAGCAAGGUGACGCUUAUUGCAACAAUACUAGUCCCGAUGAACCUCAUCUGUGGCUUGUUUGGAAUGAAUGUCCACGUACCCGGACAAGACGUGCCAGGAUACGGAUGGUUUUUCGGCAUUGUUGGGGUCCUUGCUGCAGUUGUUGUCAUCAAUGAUACACCUGCUGGAUUUCCGUAUGCCCUUGGCUCGUUCAACGGCUUGCUCAUAGAUCAUGGGGAGGAUGAGAUGGGGAAGACAUCGAAAUUGGAUCUCGUCAGUCGGGCUCCUAAAGACGCAGCACUGGAACCCCUUACGAACAAUAAAUUCGAGGCACAUGAAAUUAGCAUGGGCGCAAGUCAGCGAUGGUAUUUUCCAGUGAACUCUGCGGCGAGCGACGGCGCUGACAAUGCGCGCAAUGAUCAGAGCAAAACUACGAAAGUCUACAUAUCCGUCACUAUAUGCAGGCAACCCAUUCCUAAGGAGUCGAUAUCUGAUACUGGGCAGGUUCCGGAUCCGCUGGAGGUACAUGUUUCGGAAAAGGAUAGUGAACAACGGAAAUCUCAAAACUUUGCGGAAGGGCAUAUGAGCACGACUCUACUCACCAAGUCCGAUGUGUACAUUGACAUACAGGCCCCGAAAUCUUCGUCUUUCAUUGGAUCCUAUUCCUAUCAAGUGGCGGUGUCCACAGAUGACUUCUUCCACAAAUUUAAUGACCACGUUGCGCUUCAGUCCGACACGGGCUCGACAACGGCCCUGCUCUAUACCGAAGAAUUUGCAAAGGUCGACACGGCCAACUACACCGUGUUCGUCAUAAACGCGGAUAAAGCUGAUUUUUCUGGCCUGUCACAGUCCUACUGCGCCCUUGAGCGAGCUGGCAAAAUGGCCAAUGUCGAAACAAGCUCCACCAAAACUAGGGAGCAAUUCUCCAUCACGGGCCUAAAUCGUAGCUCGAACUACAUGGGCGUCCUAGCGACGAGUAACACCACUAAGUUUGGGAGUGGGAUUGUCGGCGGGGGCGGGACGGUCUGGAAGGCCGAACAGUUCAAGACAAAAGCAAAUGGCAAUUGCGAAAUAAUUCACAAAUUAGGCUUUUGCUCCAACACUGCCCAAGCAGUUCCUUACAACCCAGCAAUGAGCUUAUCGGAAACCCGGAAACAAUAUGAUGACAACGCAGAAAAGCUGUAUAAAAACUUCACCUACUCUCUUCAACAAAUUCAAUGCAACACAACCAGUGAAACCAAUUUUUCCAUGGCUGUCAACUGCGCGGGUUGCGCAGAUGCCUAUAAAGCAUGGCUCUGUGCCGUAACUAUCCCCGAAUGUGACGAUUACAGCGCUUCGAACUCCGAACCAAACAACGGCUCCUUGAUCCGCAACAUCAAACAACCAUUCCCCAAUGGCACACACAUCAUCGAGGCGUUCGACCCACCUCUUAUACAAGGCCCUCGGAGUAGUUUCAUUAAUGAGACUAUUAAACCCGGUCCCUACAGUGAGAAACUUCCAAGCCUUAGAUUAUGCCAUACACUAGUGCGGCAAUGCCCUAUGACGUUGCAGUUUUCAUGUCCAGACGGCGAUCGGGCAAAAUGCCCAACCCUUCGCCUUGGAGGAUCAUACGGUCAUAAUGUUGACCUUCAGCCAAAUAUUCUCGUCCACGUAUGGUAUAGAAAAUAG